GUGCAGAUGAAUUGGUUGAUUGCUUGGAGGCUGUGGUUGACAUGGCCGGUGCGUGUUCGGCACUUUCGGCACUGUGGACCAAAUCAGAGAUGAUCUCGCCCGACAACCUGCUGCAAAUGACUCCGCUUUUGAUUCUGAUCAGCAUGGCGGCCGGUCAGGCCGUUCGCCCAAGCCCAGCCGGCCAGAGUCCCUGA